UAUCCAUUCUUAUUUCUUAGUCUUACAGUGACACAAGAAUAGCCAUACUUGCAUAAGCUAGCAGCUGCAAUAUUCCAUUCUUCACUUCGAUUAUGUUGCUAGCUAAACCCAACCUCAUCUCUUGCAACUUCCCCACUCUCAAUUCCAGAACCUCACUGCAUCCCCACAACCCAAAACUGACCAGAGUUUCACUUUCACCACCAAUACCCUCACCCUCACCCUCACGAUGUUGCUUCAAAGUACCUCUUCAUGCCAAAACCAAUUCCAAUGCCCCAUUUCCAGCAUCAAGGAAAAUGGGUCUUCUCCAUGUUUGUCACACUUCCAAGAAAGAAACUGAUAUUGAGACCACGCAGGGAAGAGACUGGACAACCUCAAUUUUGCUCUUUUUCUUAUGGGCUGCUCUUAUGUACUAUGUUUUCUUUCUCUCCCCAGACCAGACCCCGACAAGGGACUUGUAUUUCUUGAAAAAGCUCCUGAAUCUGAAAGGAGAUGAUGGUUUCAGAAUGAAUGAAGUGCUUGUGUCAAUGUGGUACAUAAUGGGCUUGUGGCCACUGGCGUAUAGCAUGCUGCUACUUCCUACAGGAAGGAGCUCCGAAAGCAAAAUUCCUGUUUGGCCCUUCUUGAUACUUUCAUGUUUUGGUGGUGUAUAUGCCCUUCUUCCUUAUUUUGUACUAUGGAAACCACCUGCACCUCCUGUUGAAGAAACACAGCUAAAAACGUGGCCUUUGAAUUUUCUGGAAUCAAAAGUAACUGCAGUUAUUUCGCUUGCUGCAGGGAUAGGACUCAUAACGUAUGCUGGUUUAUCUGGAGAUGAUGUGUGGAAAGAAUUUUACCAGUACUUCAGGGAGAGCAAAUUUAUCCAUAUUAUGACCAUUGAUUUCACUUUACUUUCGACAUUGGCUCCAUUUUGGGUUUACAAUGAUAUGACUACUCGAAAAUGGUUUGACAAAGGUUCUUGGCUUCUUCCUGUAUCAUUGAUACCAUUUCUGGGGCCUGGUUUAUACCUUCUCCUACGGCCAUCCCUAUCAACAAUGGCCAUUUCACAAACUCCUGUAGAACCGGAGUAAAUUCAUUUGACAAUGCCAGGGAAUGGGAACUCACGUUUUUAAUGCAAUUAAAAUUGAAAUAUUGAGUUUGGUUCAGAAAAUGAGUUCACUAUACAAAGUCCACACCUUAGUGAGAGUAGCUCACCACCUAUUGAGGUCCUUCAGUGUAGGCAUCAUCUAGGGAUAUAGCACUUCUUUUCUUCUACUGCUAUAUGUAAUACUUCCUUUGAGAGAAGUUCUACAAUGAUCUAUAUUUUUAAAGCAAGAGCAAUAUUGGUUAAGCGACACCAUUUAGCUAAUGCUAAUCUUACUUAUUUCUCAA